CUAUGACAUGGUGCAUUAUGGACACUCCAAUCAGCUGCGACAGGCCAAGGCCAUGGGAGAUUACCUCAUCGUUGGAGUACAUACAGACAGUGAGAUUGCAAAGCAUAAGGGUCCACCAGUCUUCACUCAGGCAGAAAGAUACAAGAUGGUGCGGGCCAUAAAAUGGGUGGAUGAGGUCGUGGAAGGAGCGCCUUACGUCACCACCCUCGGGACCCUUGACAAGUACAACUGUGACUUCUGUGUGCACGGAGAUGAUAUAACACUAACAGUGGACGGUAAGGAUACAUACGAGGAGGUGAAGAAGUCAGGACGGUACAGGGAGUGUAAGAGAACCCAGGGAGUGUCAACCACAGAUCUGGUUGGCAGGAUGCUGCUGAUGACCAAAGCACACCACAGCAACAUUGAUAGUUCAGACUAUCAACAGCACACAGACAACUUUGGAAAGGGGUCGCAUGGUCAGAAGGGCCAUAGUCCCUGGACGGGGGUGUCUCAGUUCCUGCAGACUUCACAGAAGAUCAUCCAGUUUGCUUCAGGCCAGGAGCCUCAACCUGGAGACACCAUCAUCUAUGUGGCAGGAGCCUUUGACCUCUUCCACAUUGGCCAUGUAGACUUCCUGGAAGCAGUGCAUAAGCUUGCCGAAAAGCCAUACAUUAUAGUGGGGUUGCACUUUGAUCAGGAGGUGAAUCGUUACAAAGGGAAAAACUACCCCAUCAUGAAUGUCCACGAGAGAACGCUUAGCGUCCUGGCUUGUCGAUAUGUGUCAGAAGUGGUGAUUGGUGCACCCUUUGCAGUCACGAAAGAUUUACUGGACCAUUUUAAGGUGGAUCUUGUUUGCCAUGGAAAAACAGAAAUAUACCCUGGAAAGGAUGGAUCUGACCCUUAUGCUGAGCCCAGGAGGAAAGGAAUCCUGCGCACUGUUGACAGUGGGAACAGCCUCACCACAGACGCCAUUGUGCAGAGGAUAAUCAAAAACAGGUUACAGUUUGAAGCAAGAAACCAGAAGAAGGAGGCUAAAGAAAUCGCUGUGAUCCAGGCCAUGAAGCGACAAGAGGAGGAAAAGACUAAAGAAAGAGCCCAGGCUGUGCUGUAGGAAGGCCGCACAAAGGCACCAUCAACUAAGUGUCAUAACACCGACAAGCUCACUUAAUCUUAUUUCAUGUACAGUUAAUUCAACCCUUUUAUAAAUGUUAUGACACCCUCCACACACAAUCUGGGCUAAUAACAGCAGUCUUCACAGCAGCCCGUUUGUAGCCAGUCUGCUGUGGGAUCAUCAGGUAUACAAUUUGUGUGUGUGUGUGUGUGCGUGCGUGCGUGCGUGCGUGUGUGUGUGCGGGGGGGUCCUCUGUGUAUUAAUAUAUUCUGCAUAUGCAACUACAUGUUCAUGUCAGUCAAAAAAAUCAGACAUACAGAUAUGUAACUAUUGAGUUUUGGACAAAACAAUUGAAAAGUUAGAACAAGGAAGAUAUCACGUCUUCUUCAACUGUCUGUUUUAUGUCUGGAUAUUUUUAAUUCCUCGAGUACUUUUAUUUUUUUGAUUUAAAAAAUAUUAAAUUUUUAAAUAUUAAAUCAUGGGAUUUGGGCAUAGAAGGAGCAAGUGUGGGUGGGGACCUGAGAUGCUGGUCAGACAUUGAACUAUAGCAAGAAAGAGAUUUGAUUUGUUAUUUCCAUGGGGCUGUUGCUGCUUUCUGCCCAUCGAUGGGCUUAGCCCCACAACUGAUCUAUCUUUGUAUAUACUGUAUGUACUGUAUGUAUGUAUUAUAAAGUGAUUACAGGCUCUCUGGAGGAUUAGGGGAAAAAUUUUCCCUCUUUCUCUGGUUUAAACUUGGGUUGCUUGGAAGUGAGAAGAUGGACUCUUUUGGGACCUCAUGUACAGCCUAUACCAGAUCCUGCUCCAGACUGCACUGACUUCUCAGAAAUCAUCAGAACUGUUCUGUUUGUAUUAUUAGAGCAGGUUUUUAACUCAAAAAUGCACACUGUUGAGACCUGCAUGCCUGGCCUUUUGAGUGCAUUUUUUUUUUUUUUUUAAACCAACACUCCUUUGAUUUAUCCUAAUAUAGAGAACACUACAGAGUUUUAACAGACUGCUUUUAACCUUUAGUUUUCAUAGUAUAAUGAGGGAACAAUGACAGAUGCUCAGUGUUGUAAACUUGACCAUAAAAUAGACCUCUUACUGUCAUUUUUGAGCCCUGAACAAUUUAACCUCUGUCUCUCUAUCAAAUGGGAUUAAAUAAUAUAUUUUUUGUAGAUGUAUAUUUUACUCACCUCCUCUCCAUUAACUACUGUAUAGAUUCAUAUUGUUUAAAAAGCAUAAUAAUAUAUCUGUAUGUCAAGUUGGAAUAUAUUCAGUGUAGGCUAAUCUAUAUGUUAUUGACAACUCCUGGUUGACAAAUACUGU